AUCUGAGCGUUCAAUAGAAACCCUUGAAUGCGCAUUAGUCAAUGUUGCGAAUGAGCGUCGGAGUAAGAUUAAAUUUGUAAGCCCGCGAGGAUCACGUGGAAGAACGCCGCACCUGCCUGGGCUGCACGCGGCGUCACCCGAGAGCCGCUUCUAGUCUUGGUGCCAAAUCCACGACCAACUGCUUGGGCACAGCUUCGCCUCUCAUCCUCUCACCUCCCGCAAAUAUCCAUAUACUCUACGCUCGUUAUUCUCAAGUCGGAACGCACGAUCUGCCUGUCCGCCCCGCCGAGUCGCGAUUCCUCGACCGUCGCCCGCGGCAUCAGCCCGUUCCCGCGUAUCUUUCACGCUCGCGAGACCACCAUGUUCUGUCUACGGAGCUGGAUACCCGUUCUCUUCUUCUUGCUGCGUACCAAUGCCUCGCCGGUCUACCUCGUCCUGUUUAUCUCCGCAACCUACUUCCUUAACCGUCCCUGUGUAUACUGUUCGCUCCUCCUCUUCAUUCUCGUGGUAGCGCUCUUCGACUUUCAUACCCCUUGGUUUGAAGCGCCGCUUUCGACCGAAAGUGCGGAGUUCGCGCUCAACGGUACGAGUCCGUUCCGGGACACCAUCUUCGAGACUGCGGGAGUGCUUGCGCAGGCCGCAAACAACACGGCCCAGGCAUUGUUGAAGGGAGCGAUGGACAGCGUGCGCAACAAGACGGCAGAUGCGGUAGGAGCGAGCGGUUCAGGGAACUACGAGUGGGUGAAAGGCUUGGUGGGCAAGAAAGAGUGGAAGAUCGAGGCCAAACCCUCUCACUACGACAUAUCCAUCCACGACAUUGAGUUCGGCGGCAAGUUUACCUACCAAGGAACGGUCGCGAUCACAACGAACAUCAACAAGGACGAUGGCUUUAAUGACCUUGUACUUAACACCCAUCAGCUCAAGGUCAAUAGCGCCGAGCUCAAGACAUCGACAGGAAGCCACGAGGUGAAGAACAUCUCAUACGAGGAGAAGCGCCAUCGCGUGACUCUGGACUUUGGAGAGAAGAUACAAUACUCGGGAGAGGCUACGCUGACACUGAAGUUCGAGGGAACCAUCAACAACAUUAUGGCUGGCUUCUACCGCUCCAAAUACAAGCCACAGGGCGACGUGCCCGCUUCUGUCGCUAAAGAUGACGAGUUCCACUACAUGUUCAGCACCCAGUUCGAAUCAUGCGAUGCACGUCGAGCCUUCCCUUGUUUCGACGAGCCCAACCUCAAGGCGACCUUCACCGUUUCGCUCGAAGUUCCCAAGGACCUCACUGCGCUAAGCAACAUGCCUGAAAAGGAAACCAAACCAAGCAAGAGGGACGGAUUCCACACUGUGGUGUUCGAGCCUACCCCUGUGAUGUCGACAUAUCUUCUUGCAUGGGCCAUCGGAGACUUUGAAUACGUCGAGGCGUUUACAAAGCGACAGUACAACGGCAAGAAUCUCCCUGUGAGGGUUUACACUACCCGUGGACUCAAGGAACAGGGACGCUUCGCGUUAGAGAACUGCCACAAAAUUGUUGACUACUUCUCUGAGACAUUCCAAGUUGACUAUCCUUUGCCUAAGGUUGACUUACUUGCUGUUCAUGAAUUCUCACACGGCGCUAUGGAGAACUGGGGCCUCAUCACUUACCGCACAACCGCUGUACUCUUCGAUCCCAAGACCUCCGCAGACAGCUACCGAAACCGUGUUGCUUACGUUGUGGCACAUGAGCUUGCUCACCAGUGGUUUGGCAACUUGGUCACCAUGGACUGGUGGAGCGAGCUUUGGUUGAAUGAGGGAUUUGCUACCUGGGUGGGCUGGUUCGCCAUAGACCACCUUUAUCCCGACUGGAAUGUAUGGGGACAGUUCGUUACUGAAUCUGUCCAAACAGCCUUCCAGCUCGAUGCACUGCGAACGUCUCAUGCUAUUGAGGUACCUGUCAGGGAUGGCCCGGAGGUCGACCAGAUCUUUGAUCACAUCAGCUACCUGAAGGGUAGUUCAGUUAUCCGCAUGUUGAGCUCUCACCUCGGCGAAAAGGUUUUCCUGCAGGGAGUGGCAGACUAUCUCAAGAAGCAUCAAUACUCGAACGCGACCACGAACGACCUCUGGUCUGCUCUAAGCAAGGCUUCCGGUCAGGACGUUAACAGCUUCAUGGACAACUGGGUCCGCAAGAUUGGCUUCCCUGUUGUGACUGUCGCCGAGGAGCCUGGACAGAUCGGCCUUCGUCAGCAGCGUUUCCUACUGGCUGGUGACGCUAAGCCAGAGGAGGACGAGACUGUGUGGUGGAUUCCGUUGGGCCUGCAAACUGGUGACUCCAUCACUGCAGCGUCAACACACAAGACCACUGCCUUGACUGAGAAGGAAGGUACCAUCCGCGAUGUCAAUGACUCUUACUACCAGGUUAAUAAGAACCUUACCGGCUUCUAUCGGACCAACUACCCACCUGCACGCCUCGAGAAGCUCGGUGAAGACCGCAAGCACCUCACUGUUGAGGACAAAAUUGGCAUCAUCGGAGAUGCCUACGCCAACGCUGUUGCCGGUUACGGCUCGACAGCAGGCUUGCUGGCUCUUGUCAAGCGAUUCCAGGAUGAGCAAGAGUACUUGGUGUGGGCUCAAAUUAUCAACAACAUUGGCACCGUUCGUAACACAUUCUCCAGUUCGCCAGACAUCAGCGAUGCACUAAAGAAAUUCGAGCUCGAGCUGAUUGGGCCAGCCACCGAGAAGGUUGGUUGGGAGUUCCCAGAAGGCGAGAGCUACCUCGUGGGUCAGCUUCGGGCUCAGCUUACCCUCACUGCCGGUCUGCUUGGCCACAAAGCUACUGUAGACGAGGCUUUGCGCCGAUUUGAUCUGUACAUCUCUGGUGAAGAUAAGUCGGCCAUCAACCCGUCGCUCCGCAGGACCGUCUUUGCCGUCGCGGUCAAAGAACGAGGAGAGUCCGCUUUCGAGGCUAUCAAGAACGAGUUCCUCACCACGUCAUCUAUUGACGGUAAGGAGAUCUGCCUGCGUUCGCUAGGUCAUGUACAGACACCAGAACUUGCCAACAAGGUCCUCGAUUUCAUCUUCUCGGACAAGGUUGCGAUGCAGGACAAGCACAGCGGUACGAUCGUCCUCGCCAACAAUGCCAAGGCUCGCCCCGAAGUGUGGAAUUUCGUCCGAAAUAACUGGGACAGCAAGAUUUACCCGACGCUUGCGGGCAAUUUGGUUGUACUCGAGCGCUUCCUGCGUUUCGGUCUGAACAAGUUCGCAGAUGAGAAGGUUGCGGAUGAGAUCGCAGCGUUCUUCAAGGGCAAGGACAACCGGGGCUACGACAAGGGCCUGGAUGUCAUCGAUGACACCAUCCGAAGUCACGCCAAGUACAGAAAUCGCGAUGAAGGUGUUGUGCGGGAAUGGCUGAAGGCCAACGGCUACUUGCAGUGACUUGAAGCUGGGCUUGAGGGGCAAAAGUUAACAUGAGUUUGGGUGAAGGUGCGUUGCGAACUCUCUUAGCAAUUCUUUAAUGUGUUGUAGGGAUCAAUGGCCCAAAAUAAGGUACCUGUAAAACAAAGAAAGACAUGGGGGAUACAAGGUCAAGGAUAGUCAAUAUAUUGUUGUCUUCCACCAUACACAGCCCUAUCUGCCCAGGUCUUGACCGCAAAGGCACACUUGACUUGAUCGUCGCUGUUGGAACGAACGUCGCAUCCCACAGUUAGCCCGCCGUGUAGUUCUCAACGCGUAUCCAGAGGCUGUAUUUCUUUAGGCGUUGUGCUCCCAUACAAUUGGUGCAAAAGCAUCUCUUCCAUCUCAAGUUCAUCCUGAACUCAUGAUGCAAAGAGCAUCUUCAACUAAGCC